CUGCAAAUAUGGAUGGGUAUGCUCUGAAGAAAUAUCGCCGGGAAGCAUAUCACCGGGUUUUUGUGAACAGAAGUCUAGCCAUGGAAAAAAUAAAGUGCUUUGGAUUUGAUAUGGAUUAUACAUUAGCCGGGGAGUCCAGUGUAACUCCUUCAAGACUGGAGUGACACUCAGCAUCUGCAUCUGCCUCAUUGUAUAAGUCUCCAGAAUAUGAAUCCCUUGGGUUUGACCUGACAGUUGAGCGAUUAGUUUCAAUUGGAUAUCCUCAAGAGCUGCUCAAUUUUGUCUAUGAUCCUGCAUUCCCAACCAGUGGAAGCCAGUGAUGCAGAGUGCUGGUGAGGAAGCACACUAUGUGACUGUUGCAUCAUGGCUAAACAAAAGUUCAAUGGGACUCUGUCAGCAAAGUGUCCUCCUUAGGGUCAGAUUCUAGUUUGGACAGAACAUGAUAGAACUGGCUCAGAGGCCUGGUGUUUGAUUCCCUUUAUGGAAACUUGUUAAAAGUUGAUGCCUAUGGGAACAUCCUAGUAUGUGCACAUGGCUUUAACUUCAUGAGAGGGCCAGAGAUCCGAGAGCAGUAUCCUAAUAAAUUCAUCCAGAGGGAUGACACUGACAGGUUUUAUAUUCUAAACACUCUGUUCAACCUACCAGAAACCUACUUGUUGGCUUGUCUGGUUGAUUUUUUUACUAAUUGUGACAGAUAUGCAAGCUGUGAAACAGGGUUUAAAGAUGGAGACCUCUUCAUGUCCUUCAGAAGCAUGUUCCAGGAUGUGAGAGAUGCUGUGGAUUGGGUUCAUUAUAAGGGAUCUCUCAAGGAGAAGACAGUUGAGAAUCUUGCAAAGUAUGUGGUGAAAGAUGGGAAGCUGCCUCUGCUCUUGAGCCGUAUGAAUGAGGUGGGAAAAGUGUUCCUUGCCACCAACAGUGAUUAUAAAUACACUGAUAAAAUAAUGACUUACCUGUUUGAUUUUCCACAUGGACCAAAGCCUGGCAGCUCUCAUCGGCCAUGGCAAUCCUACUUUGACCUCAUUCUUGUGGAUGCACGCAAGCCUCUCUUUUUUGGGGAAGGUACAGUCUUGAGACAAGUGGACACAGUUACUGGCAAGUUGAAGAUUGGUACCUACACAGGUCCCCUACAGCAUGGCAUUGUCUACUCUGGGGGCUCCUCUGAUACCAUCUGUGAUCUUUUGGGGGCCAAAGGCAAAGACAUUUUAUAUAUUGGAGAUCAUAUCUUUGGAGAUAUUCUGAAGUCCAAGAAACGUCAGGGUUGGAGGACUUUUUUAGUAAUUCCAGAACUGGCACAGGAACUUCAUGUCUGGACAGACAAAAGCUCCCUUUUUGAAGAACUUCAGAGUCUAGACAUCUUCUUAGCAGAGCUAUACAAACAUUUGGAUAGCAGCAGCAAUGAGCGCCCUGACAUCAGUUCCAUCCAGAGGCGAAUAAAGAAAGUGACUCAUGAUAUGGACAUGUGCUAUGGAAUGAUGGGAAGCCUGUUCAGAAGUGGCUCCCGACAGACGCUGUUUGCCAGUCAAGUGAUGCGCUACGCAGAUCUUUAUGCAGCAUCUUUCAUCAACCUCCUAUACUACCCCUUCAGUUAUCUCUUCAGAGCUGCCCAUGUACUGAUGCCACAUGAGUCAACUGUGGAGCACACCCAUGUGGAUAUUGAGACAGAAUCACCAAUGGCUACACGCAACCGCACUUCAGGGGAUUUCAAAGAUUCUGACAAACGACACCAGUUGACCCGAUCUGUUAGUGAGAUCAAACCUCCUAAUCUUUUCCCUCAAGCUCCACAAGAGAUCACACAUUGCCAUGAUGAAGAUGACGAUGAAGAGGAGGAGGAGGAGGAGGAAGAAUAGAGAAGGAAUUUGAACAACAGACAGCAUGGCUGUAGCAGGGAUUGACAGGAACAGAUUUCCACUUCUGAGGUUUGGGAUUAGGGUUAGGGAUAAUAAAAUUAACACUAAUCAGAAGAUGUAUUCCAGAUGUCAACAAAUUUGUAUUGGAGAAGGUAGGACCAGAUGCAGGUGCCUAAUUGCACUGUUCCACCUGUAGAACAUGGGUGUGGUGGGAUGCAUGUGUUCUGCCUCCUCUACUGGUACAUUUAGUUAAAACUGCCUCCUUGGGGAUGGUUUGCAUUUAUUGCAGUGAAUCUGCUUUAGGCUCUCCUGUGUCCCCAGUGUUCCAGUAUCAGUUUUUCACAGAAGCUGUUUCCUUUUGUUCCUCAGUUUUAGGACAAAGAUGUAUCCUAAUCCUGGAUGCAAGAGAAUGGCAGUAAUUCCAGGGUUGACUCUACCCCUGUCAAGCACAACUUGGUUUUGAAAUGUUUCAUUCUUUAACCUCAUUAUAGUGGGGUUCUGCUUCUGGUCUUUUUUUGUAUUGAUGGUUUUAAAAGCUAUCAUGCUACAUACUUUUUAUUGUUAGAUAGCUAGUUUGCCUGCUGAGAUUCCAAAGUUUAUAUUAGCUUCAUCUCUGGCAUGUGGUGCAUGUGUUCUAGGACCUUCUAAAAUGGGUCCUUUUGCCAUGUGCUUGUGUUCUGGCAAGAGACUCCUAAACAGCAGUACAUCUUAUAGUUGUAAAAAACCCACACCAUUUUUGGAGGGGAAAGAACUGUCUAUACCACCUCUCCUGGCCUUACUGUUGUGAUGCUGUGAACUUGAUGGAAUACCCUGUAAACUCCUACAGGUUUGUUUGCAGCCACUUUAAUCUCUGAUGUGAAAUCCUCGUAAAUGGAAAUACAGGGUCCAGAAACCUGGGCAAAGAGGAAGCAGUGGCCUUCUCUGGGAAGUCCUUGCUAGGACUGCUCUUUAUGUCCAUUCCACGAAUGAGAGUAAUUGAAGGCAUACAGCAUGCUUGUUGUUUGUACAUGGAUCUCAGAGCCUGGUAUGUCAUCCUGUCCAUGAGUUCAGUUUGUUACGCUAAAAAGCACGUUUCCUCUGAAUUAUCCUGUACUGCAAGGAGAGCCUACUUCCAUCUUUGCACAAACAGGCGGUAUAUACUGUUUCCUGGGGUGCAACACAUCCCAUAUCAUACUGUGCCAUUCAGGUAUAGAAGAUAGAAAAAGAGGCCCUAUUUUAAGAUAUUUGAACUUUAGUUUGAAUCAGUUAGCUGUAAUUUUCUUCCAUUAUUAAAGUAUAUUGAACUGCAAAUUGGCAGGACAAUCUGAUGCUGCUGUGGUAAAUCUGCAAAUUAAUAAAUCAUGAGAUUUCAUAA